UAGAGCUAAAUUCAAAUAUUUCGGUUCAAACGUCAAACUGUAGUAAUUACCAACGGGUGAAUGUUUGAUGAAAUUGUUUUCUUGUUUGUAAUUUAGAAACAAGCGUUGAACGAUAUAAUUAUUGUGUGAAGUGCACAAAAACUAUGAUAACUGUGUGAUUUGUGAUACUUGGUUAAUUUUUUUAUCGUUAUCAUGGAUCCGUUUACUCAGCGCAUGUUAGAGAGAGCGCGGGCUCGGCAGGAAAAAAUCGACCAAAAACUUGCGAAUUCUGGCCAGACCGUGCCAAAACGAAAGCCUCUAUCAGAGAACAUUGCCGUUGUUAAAUCUGAGAAUUCCCCUGUCAAGUCUCCUAGUAAAAUGGCGAGGGAGUCUAUUACCUCUCCUCGGAGGCAGUCAAAGGACUGUACGAAGUCUGAAACGCCUACUAAAGCUGUAGCAAAGAGGUCGAGUAUGAAGUCAGAUGUGGCGUCGCCUCAGCGCCGUAACGAUGUUAUUGUGACUAAAAAAGAGUUUAAAAGUCCCAAAAGGGGCAGUAUUAACCGGCGAAACUCUGACGUGUCGGUAGAGAUCAAUAUUUCUCAUAGAAAUGACAUUCAGAUUGAGGUACAAGUAGAAGAAAGAGACGCGCCUAUUUGCGUAGUGUAUGACUCUCAAGCGCAGUCCGGCAACACUGUGGUCAUCAAGGAGAUCACAGAGGACACACCUAGUAUCAUGGAGAAAGCAGUAGGAGACGCAGCGGAGAGUAAAUCAGAUCGUCCUGCUCUACGACACAACAUCAAGUCAAGACUUGACAGGCUGGGGAAUCUAUAUUCUGACACCCCAACCCUGUCAUCGCCUAUACACCGCACGGAGCUCCAGUUCUCGGCCGCCACGCCGCCGACCGAGCAGCAGCAACAACAACAACAACAGCAACAGCAGAAGCCGAGACAGCAGCCCGGCAAGAAGUUCGGCCGGCUCGCCGCUCUCGCCGACCAGAUCAACAACUGGGAGGAUGAUUUGAGUCAUCAUACUUAUCAACCUGACAGUAACAAGACCGCAUCUAAAUCGGAAGCCAAGCAAGACAAGGACGCGUCCACACUGGACGUUUCAAUACAUUCAUUCAAGGACAUCAACAAAGUAUUAGAUUCAGCUAAAUCAAGACCGAAAGAAACCAAGAAAUUCGACUCGCACACGUUCACGAAAUCUUCUAUGAACGAGUGCCAGAGACUCAACAGGCAGAUAGUUGCAGAACUGGAGGGCGAGGGCUACCGGCGAGUAUCCGCUGGCCAAUCGCGGCUCGUCUACGAAUUCACCACGAAAACCGGCGAUCCCGCCCGACAGGAGCCGAAGUGCGCAUCGACUACCCCCAGUGCAGCUUCAGCCCCCAACAUGGCGACUAUGGUGGCCCCGUCGCCCGCCAACCCGGCCGUCACAAAAAAACCCUCUAUCAAGAAAUACAAAGCGCCCACGCCGCCGCGAAAUAUUAUCACGGAAGAUGAUUGUGAAAGUGAAAAAGACAAAGAGAAUGCAGUGCAACUCGACGAUAAUGGCGUUAGUGACGAUUGUAAACAAACAAAACCGGAACCGGCGGACGACAAGCCGGCGCCCGAGAAGGGCUCGCCGCUGGUUAAAAAGUUGGCUCCCAAAAUAAACGGGAGCGUGGACAGGAGCUCUGUGUUGUCCAAAGCGGCCAUGUUCGAGACCGGGAGCCCUAAGGCGAAGGACCCGGCCGAGAUGUCCUUACGGGAACGCAAAGCGCUUUUCGAGAAAAAUAAGGGAGCCGCUAUCGUUCCCAAGGCCCCCUUCGGUCUCGCACCCUCCGUCAAGACCCUGCUCGGGGAAAACAAAGGUGACAAAAAAACACUUGCUCAAAAGACAACCCCUACUAAGACUAGCAAUAGUUCUUUAGCAAAUUCAAGAACGAAUUCCAAAGACGAAAUCCCUGACGAUAAUAUUAGCCAGAGCUCCCUUGGAGGGGGGAUUAAGGGGAAGUUAGCGGCACUGUUUAGUAAGGAGCAGACGAUUAGCGAGACAACCAUCGCUAAUAAGUUUAAACAAGAGAGAGAGAAAGAAAUGGAGAUGCUGCAAAACAGAUUUCAUUAUAAGCCGAAACAACAAAAACCAGAAAACCCGAACGAUUCUGACGAUGAGUCCAGUGAGCAUGACCCUUCAGAGAAGGCGCCCCUCAUGGGCAGCACCACCAGCCUGACCCUCACCAAGAAGCCGGAGAUCAUCUCCAACAUCCCUAAAGUCACAUUUGAAGAGAAGACCAGGUCCGAACAAGCUCUCCAUGAUAAAGAAAAGGAGGCUGAGAAAGAGGAUAGAGUUAUUGGUGCACAGCCAGUUAAAAGACGCAGCUCUCAAGACUCGCCAGUAGUCCUUUCAGUAUUAGAUGACGUGAAACGGAUAAAAGUUAACAACAGUAAGAAGGACCCACAAACCAAUGGAGCGGUCUUGCAACAGCCAACAAGUCUAUACCCACAUCUCUCUGAUAUUGAAACCGACACGUCACACACACAAGAAGAGUAUUCAGACUGUGGUGGAUCAAGCUCUGAAGAUGUACAAGAAUCUGUCAAUGAUAAAAUGAACAAAUCUGACAAUUGGGCCGAAACAUCUUUUGGACGUGAAGUUAUGAAUGUGGUAAAGAAAAAUAACACGAGCUACAAGAAGGCGGUCCGAGAGAGCGACUCGGACAGCAGCGGUCUCGACAGUGAGCUGGACGAUAUACUGGACGAGGCCAUCAACGAACAGGUCGAAGGACCCACUCCGCCUAAAGUUAACAAGCAAUCGGUGGAGUCCUCAACAAGUUUCGUGUAUCAGGAGCGCUCGGCCUUCAAGUCGCCGCUGAAGGUGCAGGUGACGCCCGCCGGCAAGCACGACCGCGGCGCGGAGCUCGUCCACAGCGUCAGCUUCUACAGGCGCAUGCAGAACGCGUCGUCAACCCCCUCGACGCCGCUGCGCGUGGUCCGUCACGCCAGCCCGGAGCGCUCGCCGCCGCCCACGCCCGACGAGCCCGCCGCCAGCGUCACCACCGUGCGCGAGAGGAUCAAGGAGCUGCAGAACGAGAUCGCCAAGCAGCAGACUAUCAUCUCACAGGCUAGCCAAGCUUUGAACCUGUGUGCUGCCACAAUCGAGUUCAGCGGCUCCACUGAGCAAGCAGAGGGAGAGAGAUUAUUGUUACUUGCAACGCACCGGCGCCAGGCCUGCCUGCACGAGCUGCAGCGGCUGCAGGUGGAGGGCGCGGGCCCGGCCGCCACCGCCGGCAUGGCCACGCUGCAUCUCACGGCGCUCAGCGUGCCGCUCAAGCGGGACUACAUACGGCAACUCAACGCUGACGGCGCAGUGGGCCACCACGCCGUGUGCCUGAUCAAGUGUCGCGACCGCGUGUUGGCCACCAGCAUGCAGCAGACACAGCCCACCGCCACAGUGCUGCAGUUCCCCGACGAUAUACGAAUGCUGGGCCUCGCUAGCGACUUCAAAGUUACCGUAGAAGUGUACCUUCUCCAAGCUUCCAAAGAAGUACUAUCACACGAAGUUAAAUACCACAUAACUAGUAAAAAGUCGAGCUCCAAGCUGCUGACCCCGAAGUCCAAGGUGUCGGAGCUGAAGGCCCCGCGCGUGCAGUCCCCGGCGGGCCCGCUGGCGGUGCGGACCCCGCAGUUCUCGCUGCACGGAUACUGCAUAUUCGCACUGCAGCAGGCCACCAGGAAGAGCUUCACACUCAAUAAGGUCCCGUGCGGCAGUCCGCUGGAGGGCAGCGUGAGCGUGAACAUCUCGGCGCGGGUGCAGGUGUCGGCCCCCGCGCCGCACGCCGCCUUCCUCACGGCCUUCGACGACGUCAGCGGGCUCGGCGCCUGGCACCGGCGCUGGUUCCGCCUGCAGCCGCCCACGCUCGCCUACUGGAAGUACCCCGACGACGUGCAGAGGAAGAUGCCAAUCGGCGACAUCGACCUAUCAUCAGUGAUAUCGGAGCGCGCUAGCAAGGCCCCGCGCGACCUGUGCGCGCGGCCCAACACCAUCCUGCUGGAGAGCAUGGUCCCGGCCGGGCUCGUCGUGCCCGACUGCGGCUCGCUCGUGUACGUGCGCGGCGCCAACGGGAGCCUCGUGCGCAGGCAUCUGCUGGCCGCCGACACGCCGCGCGACCGGGACCUGUGGAUAGACACGCUCAAUAAGGCGCUCGAGUAUGUCCGCUGCUGCGGGACUGAUGAGGAUUAGGUGAAAUGGUGUGAAUAGGAAUUUAGUGUUUUAAGUUGCGUUUAACAGGGCUAGAUAAUGUGUUCAAGGAUUAAAAAAGCGGUUUGCGCAUACUUUGCUUGCGACACACGAGAAUCACACUUUUUGCAAUUAUUUUCUAUUCACUCCAUUUUAUGACUUUUAAAUGUUGUCCUUGCGCUGUACGAAAUGUAAAUUUACUGCUAAAGUCAAAGUUGUAAUAUUUUAUUCGUUAUUUUAAAUACUAGCUUGUGAGCAACUUCUCGUCUUUAUCGAGGAAUAACAAUUUCGAUAUGACCAAAGAAAUAAAAAGUUGCCUUUGUAACACUAAAAAACCUCUUCAGUUCUACUGCUAAUGUAGAAAUUGCAAGAAUAAAAUAAUAUUUUUAGGGAUGAUGAUAUAAAAGAUUUAUUAUGUAAAUUGUGAAUCACAAUCAUCUCAUUUCGUACAGGGCAAAGAUAACACCAAACCACGCCACGAAACUUGAUAAACAGCUGAUAUUGACAAACUUGUGAUAUUUAUGUAAUCUUGUAAAAGACAGAUCGCUGUGAGAUGUGAUUGUAAUCGAAUACGACAAGGUUUGUACGUGGGCACUCGAAUUGGAUGUGAAUUUCUCUCAGUAUAAGUUACACUGGAACAAAACAUUUCCAAAGAUUCUUACCCACUAUAACAAAUCUUAUUAAAUCUUUUAACUAUAUUGAUAUUAAAUCUCUUGCAGACACAGAAAUAUAUACCCAUAGUGAGCGCGUGCGUGAUUGUUACCUCCUAAAACAUGUAAACGCCCAGUCCAUGGAUUUCCCGAUUAAAAUGUCUAUAAAGUGCACGCUAGACUGCCCUUUUUUCAUCUCCUGUGCUGCCUCUCACAUAUCGCAAGAGAUGACUUACACCGCUUACACGCGUGCGUUCCUAUAAUCACAAGCUUUUAGCUGGAAACUACAAAAUUAUGACGACACUCAUCACAUCCAUUUCAAGUACCUACGUCUUGACUCCGCCUUCAUUCCAACAGUAUUGUAUUGGCAGGACCAAUAUAAAUAAGUGACUUUUAUGGGACCACGUUUUAUGUUUUACGUAUAAGCGUAAAAUGGGGUUACUUGCUAACCACUGGGUUCUAAAACAAUUAUUUAAAAGUAUUUUUUCCUGAACAUGCUAAGUGCAUAAUUGGAAUUCGACUUCGUUGACUACAUUCUAGUUUAGCCUGUUGGUUAACAGAAUAGCCUCAUUUUAUUGCACACAGUGUGUAGUUUUAGCUUUGACAAGACGAAAGUUUGAACGUAAAGAUUCUUGAACAUUCUUAAGAGAGAUAGUAUGAAUAGUUGCUCUUUUAGCAUAAAAUUGACUAUAAACUCGAAUUUUGAUAAUUCUUUACAAACAUAUUCAUGACAUUAGUUCAUAAUUUGUAACAUAGCUAUAAACUUAGGCUUUUUUAACGUGUAUAGAUUUUAGUCUGACUAAAACCUAGCUUUAAUUUGGCAAUCAUUGAAGGACCAAUAGUUACUCGACGGUAAAUAACUGGAAUUACUUGACUGGUGUGAGUUGUGAUUUAUAUCUAACUGUUGAUUCACUCCCACUGCUUUUAAAGUCUUGAAACCACCUGCCGACUGUCGAAGGAAGGCUAUUGUAGUUGUGGAUAGAAAACACUACACAUUAUAGGGUAGUUUCUCGUUUCCAUAAUAGCUAGUAUUACCUUUAACAGGUGGUGAGUAAAUCAAUGAAAUUAAAUUGUUGUAUCCGCAAAAUUGAUAAAAUGCAUGCAUUGUAUAAUAAUGCAAUAAAAUAUAUCUUAUGUUAUUCUUAGAACUUGUAACACAUUAAUUUAAGAUGUUUAGUUCUCAAUAAAAUAUUCUUCAUUUGAAUGCCAUAAAUUGCUUUAAAAUUAUUUAAUGGAAGGAUUUUACAAACCUGUUUAGAUAUCAUUCAUGAGAUACAUUAACCAUAUUUUAGACUAAGUUUCUUUUGCAAUUUGUCUUGAUAUUUUUGUAGUUACUUUAGACAUCACUAAAUAAUUGUAGUCUUUAGUUUAAUGGUUCAGUACUAACAAAAAACUGAAAAUUGUGUGUGUUAAACAAAUAUCAAAGACACCCCAUGAAAGACAAUAUGAUCAAAACAGAUUUUAACUGUUUUAUAAAGGAUUUCACUGGUUUUGUGAGUUGCUAUUUGAAAUAUUUUUUUAUUCAAUAAUAAUACACGUACCUACUAUAAAAUUAUUAAUUCAAUUAACUUUACCGUCUUUGUCAAUAUUUUAUAGAAAUAUUAACACCUUUAGAAUUUAUACGCCAAUGUUUGGAAUUGAUUGAAUUUUGCAAUAAUUGUGUGUGUAGUUUGUAAUUAUAUUUUAUGUGUAAAUAAAAUCAAUUUAUUACAAUAAUAUAAAUAUUUUAAGUAUA